UAGUCAAGGGUUGUCCAUGGUAUUGCCCCUUCGACACAUGUGACCGUCCAGACUCCAGACUCCGGACUCCAGGCGCAUUCUUGAUCUCCUCUCCGAUACUCCGAUUCUCCAUUUCUUCGGUUAAUUCGACGAUCCAGUUCGUAAAUGAUUCCUCUCUUGUUUCGAUCGAUCUCUCAUGCAUUUGGUUGAAGUUUUCCACAAUUUUGUCAUCUAUGAUAGGAAUUCAGAGACGAGAAGAGUUUGAUUUAUCGUUCUAAUCUCUUACAGAGUUAAUAUAGCGAUUUUACAUUUAGGAUUCGAAGCUCUACGAUAGUCAUGGGGCUUCUUUUUCUGGAGUAUUUGUCUGGUCCGAAGAUCUUCAAAUGCAAAUGCUGCAAGGUGGAUUCCGCGUCCAACGAUGAUAUUAUCUCAAAAAAUUUUCAGGGACGAUUCGGAAAGGCUUACCUUUUCAGGGUUAAUAUUUCUCUUGGGCCUAAUGAAGAACGGCAUCUCUUGAGUGGAUUACAUACAGUGAAUGACAUUUACUGUAGCUCUUGCCAACAAAUAUUGGGUUGGAGAUAUGAGAAGGCUCAUGAAGAGAGCCAAAAAUUUAAGGAGGGGAAAUACGUUCUUGAAAAAGAAAGGAUGUGGAAGGAGGGUUGGUGAUUCUAAUAGAAUUCUUUCUUGUUAGGAAUCCAACAAGAGUUUGAGUAGAACCCAAUGUGUUCAUAGUGAGCCUUAGAACUCAAAUUUUGAUGAGAUUGUUCAUACUGUUAGCUGAGAAUACAUAACUGACAACAAAUGUUAAAGUUUUAAUUUUCUAGGUGGCAUAUUUGAAUAUGUUGUGAUGUGAAUAAUUUUCUCACAGACCACUAGUGAGGAUUUAUUUUUUCCAAAUAAUGUCACUUUGUCCACAUGCCUUUUA